AUGCCGCCUGUACCCGAUAGGCAGAGCUCGACGGAGCAAAGACAGUCCAGUCAACUCUCCUCCUUCUCCGAGGACAGCACGAUCAACUCCUCUACCUCUGGGCCUUUCGCGGACCCCGCGAGCUUACUCAGAGUCAUUCCACUCGCCAACUACGCGCCCACUGCUAGAGUGGCUCAACAUAUCGCUCCCCAUACGGUCGCCUAUCCUCCCUCAUACCCAACUGGCCAGCUGUAUGCCCAACACCAGGCAGCUUUCCAAGCUAUGGACCAUCCAAAAACACAGCAGGACUGGGAGCUCAGACAAGAGUCCGAAAGAAGGAUAGCGGGGUUCUUGCGGAAUGGUGGAGGUGGAGGAGGGUAUGGGGUCGGUGUACAGGCUCCGAAUCUCGCCCCUUCACAUCCCUCAUCCUCCUCUUAUCCUUCAUAUUCGGUACAACAACAACAACAGCAACAGCAGCACAGCGGCCAACCUCCCCCUCCCCUCCCUUACUCCUUUCUCCCCGCCUACCUCCCUCCUCCUCCGGCUGCAGCAACCUCCACUUCCACCGCCGAUCCCUGUCCUUCCGCUCCCGGCUCUGGGGGAAGUGGAGCUCCAAGCACCUUCUUCGAGGACCUCGUCUCAAGGGCUCUGGCGCGUACAGCCCCUCCUCCCCCUCCUCCCGCUCCCGUACCAGUCGUAUCAACUUCCAAGGGCCCCACGGAGCCUCCUCGGCAGGUAUCAGCAACACCUACCAUAUCAAGGCAAAUAUCCGGACUCGCUUUGAACACUGGUGACUCGCCAGACCCCCUUGGCCUCAUGUCCCCUUCACCAACCAAGCGGCGCAAAGCCAGUCACACCUCGCACACCCAGACCCGGAUGCCCUAUCCUACCGAUACAUCAACUUCUACCCUCUCAACCAAGUCCCUACCCGCCGCUCGACCCGCCAUUCCCGCAGAGGGCGGGCACAGACCCCACAAGAGAAGCCCUCAACUCGUCGUGGAGAUUCCGUUGCGCUCGGCCUCUUCUGCUUCUUCCCAAGCUUCCCGGGCGAGGAAGGAGGAAGAAGAGGAGGAGGAGCAAGGUAUCGACUGGGGAGGGGACGAAGGGGAUGAUGCGGAUCAAGACUGGGAUAUGGAGAAGGAGGAGAGGGCAAGUCCAGUGAAGCGAGCGCAGACGGGGACGCCGACUGUCAGAACAGGAGAAAGGGAUACGAGAAGUGUCCGCCAAAAGUUCCUCACUCUCCUCGAAGACAUCUUUGAAGCCGCCGACUCCCUCCCCGCCGAGCCUGACCUCGACUCCCUUCACAACAAUCCCUUCUUCGACCGGCUCAGUACCGACGGGUCCACAGUCCUCCUCAAGACUGAAGCGAUCGAGCGCAUCACACGCUACGUCGUCCGCCUGAACAACGCAAAACAGUCGGGCGCAGAAAAGGUCGCGAUAUGGGACGAGGAAUCCCUGAAGCGGGUCCUUCGGCUUCUCGAGCGGUCCAUGCGCGAUGCAGAGCACACGGACCCGUUCCCGAAUGACAAGAAGGCGGUGGAAGCCAAAGUCAAGAAGGAGAAGGGGAAGAAGGGGAAGAAGGUCAAAGCGGAGGGAAGCAGCCAGGAGGUCGAGUCGAUGGAGUCGGCCCAUUCGACAGAAAUGGGCGGGGAGGAAGUGAGGGAAGCGGAAAAGCGCCUGAGCGCCGCAGCAGCGAGUAUGAGGGCGGUGGAGUGUUGUCUGGCUUGUUUGGAUACGGAGGGAUUGUCAAAGCCGCUAUACUCGGAAGAUCUGAUCUCCCUUUGCGUCGGUCAAAUCAAGCAGCACCUCUCAUCCAUCAUCUUCCCCGUCAUCGAGGGUAUGGCCGGCGAUAAAUCCAACUCCCGCUACCUUUCUCACCUGAUCACCACCGAAUCUUCCUCCCGCAAAAGCAAAUCCCUCAAGCUCUCCCCUUUCUUCGCCCACUCUUCUUUAUCAUCUAUCGCCCAGUCGGCCUCAUCGGCCUUCCAGCACCUCUCGGCUCUUAUUUCCCGCCCAGACCUCUCCUUCUCGGAUACACUGGUCAUUCAGACGGUGUACCUCGCUACUGCGCCGCUCUUUGUCACCGAGCCGACUACUAGAAAGGCCGGGAGUAAGGAUAAGGGAGGGAGUAAGGGAGAAGGAGGGGUGAUGAAAGCUUUGAGAAUGGAAGCUCUGGGUUGUCUGCGAGGCGCUUUCGCCAAGUACAGCGAUCAGCGGCAGUGGAUCAUCGAAGAGAUUCUGAGCUCGCUCAUCAAGCUGCCGGAUCAGAAGGCUCAAGCGAGAUUUCAACUCGGCGACGGCUCUAGCCUCAAUACUCUCACCGCCCUUCUACUGCAGCUCAUCCAAGCAUCGUCGCAUGGCGUGUCAGCUCGGAUAUCGAAGCUGAAGCGGGAUGCGGCCGAGCUCGAAGCCAGCGGGAAGGUAGGCGCAAAGGAGGAGGCUCGAGCGGAAGAAAUUCGCCUCUGCCAGGAAGCCAUCGACGCCGCAUACCGUACCGCCCAAGUCGUCGCCGGGUACCUCAUUCAAAAGUCCAGCUCUUCCAAAGCGAGCAAGACCACCUCCGAUACAGACUACAAGGCCAUGCUCGACAAGUUCAUCGAGGACAUCCUGGCUUCCCUCUAUCGGCCGGAAUGGCCUGCCGCAGCGCUCUUCUUGAGCGUCUUCUCAAAGCUUAUGAUCGCUGCGGUGGAAGAUACGGCUAGUAGUGCCGAGGCGACGGCGACGCGGAACAUGGCGCUGGAUCAUUUGGGGUCGAUCGCGGCUAGACUGAAGGGGCUUGCCCUGGCGGAGGCUGCGGAGCCUAUGGCUUCCCUUGAGCAGAUCAUCUCUUCACCCGACGCGAAUACUCUUCAGCCCCUCCUUCAAGCUCAUCAGGCCGUCCAUACCUUCCUCGUCACCUCGUCUCGCGAAGACUCGAUGUACGCUUCAGCGGACGACCUGUCCAGCAUUCUCUGGGCGCAAGAGUUGCAGGCGGCUAUUGACCGGUCGGGGUCGGUGGUUGCCAAGCUCGCAGCGGAGCGGACGGACGAGGCACUGAAGGUCAAGGUGGAGCUUGAGGCCGUGAAUGUCGCGUUCCGGGCGGCGGCGGACACGAUGUGGCUGGAUGAGGAUGAUAUCUUUGGUUCAAGCGAUCCCAAGCAGUCUGAAAACGUCAUUGCCGCGGCCACCUCCAUCGCGCGCCAUCGACCCCUUCAAACAGCCUUCGAACCGAUCCUGCACGCUCUCCUGGGCAGUAUGGGCCUCUCCGCCGUUGGACUCCGCGCCAAAGCACUCAAAGGUCUCUCCACUAUCGUCCAGGUCGAUCCGGACGUUCUUGCCCUUGGUUCUGUCCGGCAAGCAUUCGAAGCGCGUCUUUCUGACCCCUCGCCCGCUGUGCGCGAGCCGGCUGUCGAUCUGGUUGGAAAGUACAUGCUGCAAAAGCCUAGUCUGGCGGAGGAGUAUUAUCCGCAUAUCGCCUUGCGCGUCAAUGAUACCGGUCUGGCUGUUCGCAAGAAGGUCAUCAAGCUGCUUCGGGACAUCUUUGCCAAGUCGGACUCGAAGAAGAUGCGCACGGAUAUCUGCUGCAAGAUGGUCGAAAUGAUCGCGGAUGACGACCAUAAUAUAAGAGACAUGGCCGUCAAAGGCCUUGCAGAGAUGCUGCAUGCCGGAUCGACCGCUUCGAGCCGCCAAGAAUCCGCCGCCCUCCUCGUCGAUAUCAUUGGACACUAUCAGGGUCAACAGCAAACCCUCGAGGAUGCGCUGCAGAAAGUCGCCGAGGCGGACAAGGCAGGUGGUGGGACAGAGAGAAGUGAGGAGCUGGUCGAGGCGCUCAUCCAGCGUUUGAUUGAUGCGACGGAGGAGGCGGAAUUCGACGCUGUCAGCCACAUCCGAGCCAUCUCGUUCUUGUGUGGCUCGAAGCCGGAUAUCAUCGGUCCGCACCGAGCCGCGGUGCUGCUCAACUACCUUCGUCCACCAGCAAACGCGGACGAACAAGCAUCUAACGACCUCUUACUUCGCAUCUUCCGCCUCUCUAUCCCCUCCAUGCCCCGCACAGCCUCAACAUUCGCUUCUGAGCUUACGACCAAGCUUACGCCCAUGAUCAGCCGCCCGAGCGGUGGCUUUGGCUCGCUCAAGGAAGUCAUCGGCGCGUUCUGUGCGGUCACUACGCAUCUGACGAAGGACUAUGGGAAGCUCAUCCAGAUACUUCGAGCGUGCGAGGCGAGAUUGCAGAAUAUGGACGCGCAGUACCGAGCCAACGGCAAGAUUUCGCAGCCGCCUCAAGCUGUCUCGAUGAUGCUAUACAUCGUCGCGCUGCUGGCGGAGCACUGUAAUCUCGAUCAGGUGGCUGUUGAGGACCACUUUGUCAAGAUGGAGCUCGUCAAAAUCAGCGAGCGGCCUCUGUUCGAGCACCUCUUCGACCUCUUCCUGGACUUCACGCAGUUCAACAUGCCGCAAGUCGCACCUACGACAUGUAUCGGCUGUCUGACCCGGACCUACCCCUCCCUCGUCCUCCGAGACGAGACCCACGCCUUCAUGGACCGCGUCUUUGCCUCUUCGGACUUUGACAAUCAAGCUCGCCUCUUUGGUGUGAUGCACGAGUUCUUGGUCUCGGAGGCGAAGCGCAAGUUGACGGGUGCGGGAGCGAGCAAGGACAUGGAUGCGUUGAUUGGGAGUGCUCCUGAGUUGUCGGAAUCUGGCGUAUCAACCGCCAUAGUCCAGCGGAACAUCCAGCACAUCCUCGACGGCGCCAAAUCGCACCAUGUCCCAACGCAGACGGCCGCUCUUGACGUAUUGGCCUUUACGGUCAACCAAGGCCUUUAUCACCCUCUCCAGUGCAUGCCCAUCCUGAUCUCGCUAGAGACACACGAAGACCCGCUCGUCUCGUCCCGAGCGCUCGAGCUGCACGCUACGCUCCAUCGAAAACACUCGACAUUGGUCAAUGUACGGUAUCUCGACUUUGCGCGUGCUUCGUUCGAGUAUCAGCGGGGGAUGUCGUCAGAGGUCUCAGGCCAUCGACGCGAAGAGGCGUUACUGUCCGGCUGGUUUGGACUUAUCGGCGAGAAGAGGGCGUGGAAGCUGGACUUCCUGAAGGCGUUGUGUAGGGCUUAUGACUACGACUCGUCCCGCACUACUUCGCUUGACGUCGGUCUCGCGCUGUACCUCUCCGAAAACCUCGCCACCUUCGAGUACAAGCAGCAAGAGGAAGUCAUGGUGGUCAUUCAGCAGCUCAGUACCGUCGUCUCGACGUGUACGCCGCUGGUAUCUACGCUGGAAAGUGCGAGGGUUGCGGGAGAACCGGGAGAUGCGAUCGAGGGGAAAGAUGCUGUUGUGGGCGUGAGCGAGGGCCAGCAGGAGACGGUCAAGGCCAACAAGCUCAUCAAUGCUAGUCUUAUCGUCGCACUCGCUCUCUUGACGAAGAAUCAUCUUCUGAGUCUGUACUCGUUGACCGAAGAUAAAUGUCUUAAACAAGCCACAGUCAAGAAGUCCGUCUUUGGCGAUCGAGCAGCCACGCGGAAAGGCUCGCCCAUCCUCGAACUUGGCAAGAUCCCACUCGUCAGGUGUGUGGAGACUGUCCAGGCGUUCCAUGAACAGCAGGCUAUGUUCUUAUCGAUGAUACAUGAUGAUGGAUCGAUUGAGGGGUGA